UAUAAGUUGUCCAUCUCUUGCACAAAUAUUAAAUUAACACACAACAUAUUUUCCUCUCUAACAAAUUUUAAGACCUUACACUUCUUGAAAAAAAAAAAAAAAAAACUUUAUACUAUAAUCUUAUGGAUAAUUUACCAAAGUGUGGAGCAAAUUAUGUGCCUCUUACUCCUCUCACCUUCUUAACAAGAGCCUCAAAAUGUUAUGCCAAUAGGACCUCUAUCAUCUAUGGGAACGUGCGUUACACGUGGAAGCAAACCUACGAGCGUUGUUGUCGCAUCGCUUCCUCUCUCCGAUCCCUAAACGUGUUCAAGAAUGACGUGGUUUCAGUAUUGGCACCAAAUGUUCCAGCAAUAUAUGAGAUGCAUUUUGCUGUACCAAUGGCAGGGGCUGUAUUAAACACAAUAAAUACAAGGCUAGAUGCUAACAACAUUGCAAUUAUUCUCAAACACUCAGAAGCCAAAGUAUUUUUUGUUGAUUAUGAGUAUCAAGAAAUUGCUAAAAAAGCCCUUGAAUUACUAAUAACAUCUAAAAUACCAAAAAUACCCCUCGUAGUUGUCAUCGAUGACAUCGACUCCCCUACCGGUGUCCGGCUAGGGGAGCUCGAGUACGAGCAACUCGUGCACCAAGGAAAUUCGAGUUACAUUCCCGAAGAAAUCACCGACGAAUGGGAUCCAAUUACCUUGAAUUAUACAUCAGGUACGACUUCGGAGCCAAAGGGGGUUGUGUAUAGUCAUAGAGGAGCAUUUUUGAGCACAUUGAGCCUACUACUAGGCUGGGAAAUGGGCACUGAGCCAGUGUACUUAUGGUCAUUGCCAAUGUUUCAUUGCAAUGGAUGGACAUUCACAUGGGGCAUCGCAGCACGUGGUGGCACAAAUAUUUGCAUUCGUAACACAAAUGCCAAAGAAAUGUACACAAACAUUGUGUCACAUAAUGUUACACACAUGUGUUGUGCACCUAUUGUUUUCAACAUCUUACUUGAAGCCAAGCCACAUGAGUACAAACCCUUAACCACACGUGUCCAAAUCCUAACGGGUGGCGCACCGCCACCCGCGCCACUCGUAGAGAAAAUCGAGAGACUCGGGUUCCACGUGGUCCAUGCUUACGGGCUCACGGAGGCUACUGGACCGGCUCUUGUUUGCGAGUGGCAAGUAAAAUGGAACGAAUUGUCUAGGGAGAGUCAAGCCAAGCUGAAAGCAAGACAAGGGGUUGGUAUACUAACCCUAGCCGAUGUCGAUGUGAAAAAUUUUGAUAACAUGCAGAGCGUGACACGUGAUGGGAAAUCAAUUGGAGAAGUGUGCUUGCGCGGGAGCAGUAUUAUGAAAGGGUAUUUAAAGAACGAUAAAGCGAAUAUUUCGGCUUUUAAAAAUGGUUGGUUUUUUACUGGAGAUGUUGGUGUAAUACAUCAAGAUGGAUAUAUGGAAAUUAAAGAUAGGAGUAAAGAUGUUAUAAUUUCUGGUGGUGAAAAUAUUAGUAGUAUUGAAGUUGAAAAUGUUAUAAUGAGUCAUAAAAAUGUUAUAGAGGCAUCUGUUGUGGCAAUGCCACAUCCAAAAUGGGGUGAAAGUCCAUGUGCAUUUGUGAAUUUAACAAAAAAUUCACAAAUUAAAGAAGUGGACAUUAUUGAACAUUGUAAAUCAAAUUUACCAAGAUUUAUGGUGCCAAAAAAGGUGAAAUUUGUUGAAGAAUUACCCAAGACUGGAACUGGGAAAGUACAAAAAAAUCAUUUGAGAGAAAUUGCAAAAACAUUUGUUGUUUUGGAAAAAUCAAAUCAAAUCAGCAAAAAUAGGGAAAAGCCAAGAUAUUAUGAUCAAAAUCAGGAGCAAAUUCAUGCUUUGUCACGUCUAUAGAGAAUAAUGUAAUGUAAUAUAUAGUCUGAUCUUUCUAUAAUGGACUAAUGGUCGAUAUUAAUAUUUCUGUAAUAGUUAUUCCUUAUAAUAAUAUAUAUUGCUUCUUCUGUUUCAAUUAUUAUGACGUGUGGUAUUUUUUACUUAAUUUUCAAAUAUGUAAUUUUAGGAGCAAAUUCUUUGUUACUCUCGUCUAUAUAGAGAACAAUGUAAUGUAAUAUAGUCCCAUCUUUCUGUAACAGUCGUUAUUAGUAAUUUUGUAAUAGUUAUUCCCUAUAAUAAACAUGUGUUACUUCUUCUGUU